AUGAGGGAGAAAAGCCUUAGAUUAUUUGGUUUUGAAGUGAAUCUUUAUUCUGAUGGCAAGAGUCAUUCUGAAGAAAACAGAAGUUUGAUGUCCAUAGAUGAAGUUGGUUCUGAAGCUGAGCAUACUGAUGCGAAAUCAGAUGGUUCGGUAUGUCAACUAGAACAAAAGAAGCAUAGAUGUGAGUUCUGUCAUAGAGAGUUCAUGAACUCACAGGCACUGGGAGGCCACCAGAAUGCACACAGGAAGGAGAGGCUAAAGAAAAAGAGAAUGUUACUACAAACUAAGAAAGCCAAGCUUUAUCCUCAACCAAAGGAAUGUCCCACUGGUUUGACUUUUUAUCAUUCAACCCAAUGCUAUAUAGACUUUUCUUCUUCUAAGUUAGCUUUUUACAGAGAGCCUUUCAUUAGCUUCAACUCUUCAGAUCAAAAUCAAGUCUAGAUAUAUAACACCUCUGGCCCUGUGUGGCUAGUUGGUCUCAUGUUUCCGUUCCUUGUCGCUUACAAAAGUUUUCAACUUUCCAAAUUUCAUGUGUUAUGUAAUUGAUAGUUACAGAAAAUAUUAUGAAAGGUAUUAGUGAUUGACAAUGACAUUGUUGAUCACUGAACUCAAAUAGUCAAUUCCAUAUCUUGUUUUUAAUCUCUUGUACAAA